AUGGCUUCCUUCCACACCAUCCAUGGCAGUGGCACCACCCAUCAAGCCGAACCCAUUACGCCAUCUGAGCUCCGAUCUGAAUUCUCGCAUCACGACCCGACCGUUGCCCGAGUUAACAAUGGAAGCUUCGGCAGCUGUCCCUCCUCCAUCAUCUCCGCCCAGCAACGCCACCAGCUUCUCUUCCUCCGGCAACCUGACUACUACUACUUCAACACCCUCAAGCCCUCUAUCCUCGAGUCCCGCCGCAUAAUCCGGUCACUCAUCAAUGCUGAUCAUGUCGACGAAGUCUCCAUCGUUGAUAACGUCACCACCGCUGCCGCCAUCGUCCUCCAGCACUACACUUGGUCCUUCUUCUCCUCUGCUUUCAAGCCUGGAGACGCCGCCAUAAUUCUCAACCACUCUUACAGUGCCGUUAAGAAGGCUGUGCGAGCUUACAUUUCGCGCGCCGGUGGCCACGUGAUCGAGGUGCCCAUCCCUUUCCCAGUUAAAUCUGAUGACGAGAUAAUUUUAGAAUUCCAAAAUUCCCUUCAAAUGGCAAAGGCUAAUGGUCGAAAGAUUAGAUUAGCCGUGAUUGAUCACAUUACUUCCAUGCCUAGCGUUAUAAUACCGGUGAAAGAGUUGGUGAAAAUGUGUAGAGAUGAGGGUGUGGAUAGAAUUUUUGUGGAUGGCGCCCAAGCAAUAGGGAAUGUGGAAAUAAAUGUGAAGGAGAUAGGUGCAGAUUUUUACACGAGUAAUUUGCACAAGUGGUUGUUUUGCCCGCCAGCUUCGGCCUUUCUGUAUUGUAAAAUGUCGGAUGAGUUGUCGGACUUGCACCACCUGGUAAUCUCGCAUGAGUAUGGUAAUGGAUUGGCAAUGGAGAGCGGGUGGGUCGGGACAAGGGACUAUAGUGCACAGCUAGUGUUGCCAGAGGUGAUGGAGUUUGUGAGUAGGUUUGACGGUGGAAUUGAAGGGAUAAUGAGGAGGAAUCAUAAGAAGGUAGUGGAGAUGGCCGAGUUGUUGUCCGAAGCAUGGGGGACGGAACUGGGGGCUGUCCCAGAGAUGUGCUCGAGUAUGGUAAUGGUGGGAAUGCCAGCUUGUUUGGGGAUUAAGAGUGAUGAGGAUGCGUUGAAGUUGAGGACACAUUUGAGGGAAUGUUUUGGGAUUGAGGUACACAUGUACUACAGGGCACCCAUGGAGGGAGAGGUCGAUCAAAUAACUGCGUAUGCCAGGAUCUCUCAUCAGGUUUACAAUAGGGUUGAGGAUUACCACAGGUUCCGGGAUGCUGUCAACAAGCUAGUGAAGGAUGGGCUUACUUGCUCGCUUCUUCCGAACUGA